UUAAAUUUUGGUAAUGUUGAACUUUGAGGGGUUAAGGUUUUUGCGAGGUUAGGGUUAGGGUUUUUGGAGGGGUGGUGGGUUUGGAGAUGGAUGAAAAUUCAGAGCUUGAAGAAGGAGAAGCUUACUUUCACGAUUAUGAAGACGACAAUAUUAACCUUGAUACCGCCUUCUCUUACAUUGAUGAGAAGAUCAAAAAUGUUUUGGGCCAUUUUCAAAAAGAUUUUGAAGGUGGAGUUUCUGCAGAAAAUUUGGGGGCAAAAUUUGGUGGAUAUGGGUCAUUUUUACCUACCUAUGAACAUUCUCCUCCAAGAUUAUCAUGUCCGAAGAUACCACAAAAAAACACCGGCAUCAACCAACAAUUUUUCUAUGGAAGAUGCAUCUCAGAAUUUGAAAGCUCCUCCAAAUGCACUCCCAACUGGGAGAGCAAGGAACAUUUCCUGCCCAAGUGCCAAUAUUGCAGCUAA